CCUCUGUGAGGUCAGAGGGAGGGGGGGCCUCGUCGCCAUGACAACUGUCCACAUCCCUGGACCCAGCCGAGCAUCUCCGCCCCUGUGGUUGACCUCAGGAGCCAUCCCGGUGCCCCCGACUCGCCCUCCCAGGAGGGAGGGGUGGAAGUCGGGACUAAUAUGGGUCUGAGAAGGGGGAAGGAGCAACGGCAGGAGAAGGACCCCUCCCCCAGAACGUGGCAGGCAUUCUCCCACAGCCCCCCGGUUGCCCCCGGGGCCCCACAGCCCGGCCACCUGCAGCGGUGCCUCCUCAAUGGAGAGUACGACCAACUCUGUGACUUCCCCAUUUACGAGACCAACUUUGUCCAGGUGACCCGGUCGGGCGAAGUGGCCAACAAGGUGACCAUGGGUGUAGCCGCGUCCACCCCGGCCCUGGAGUUGCCGGAUGUUCUGCUUCUGGCCCGGCCCGGGUCCGGCCCCGGCUGCUCAGACCAGGAGUUGCAGCUCUUUGAGAUGAUCCCCCUGCAGUUUGUCCAACUCUUCGUCCACUCAGAGGGCCGGCGGCAGCUCAAAAUUAAGCUGGGCUCGGGCCGCACCUUCUACCUGCAGAUCCGGGCGCCCCCGCCCCGGGGGGACCGUGAGUUUGGCUGCUGGGUCCGGCUGCUCUUCCGCCUCCGCUUUCAAGCAGGGGGUGACGGGCCCCCGUUCACCCAGGCCCUCACCCUCGAGGACGACGGGGAUGAAGAGGAACUCCUGAACCGUGGAGAUGUGGACUCCCCUCCCCAACCCUCCCCCGAGUCUUCCAAGGACAAGAUAAAGAAAGACUGUGUCCAUCUGUGGGGGAAGUGCAGGGGGCAGAGCCAAUAAAGAUGUCAGGUCUAGAUGCCUCGCG